UUAUCGGCGAAAUGUCGAAAAAUGAGACAAAGGAGAUAACUAUACGGCAGCUGUAUACAGAGCUGAACAAGUACUGCUCCAGCGCCGACUAUGACAAGGCUCUGAAGGCUGCCAAUAAAAUUAUCGGUCUUGAUGCCACCGAAUGGAAGGCCGCAAAAUGUAAGCUAGUCUGUCUGAUACAAAACGGCAAGUUUGAGGAGGUACUAAAGUUCAUCGAACGUGGCACUUCCAUCCCGGAUACCACCUUUGAGAAGGCGUACAGCGAGUAUCGGCUAAACCGUGCCGAGGAUGCAUUUCGUACCAUCCAAUCCACGCUGCCCAGUGGUGGUGGCGUUGAGCAAUGGGCUGCAUUGGCACCGAACCUGAAGGAACUGUUGGCCCAAAUCCUGUACCGUUUGGAGCGAUUCGAUGAGUGCUUCGAGCUGUACCGGAACAUCAUCAAGAACACGCACGAUGACUACGAUGACGAGCGACGCACGAACAUGAGUGCGGUGGCCGCAAACCGGUGCAUUGUUGGCGGAAGCGCCGAUAAGCAGCAACAGCUGGCCGGUAUGAACCUGCCGGAAGAUACGUACGAGCUGACGUAUAAUGCGGCCUGUGCACUGGCUGGCCGGAAGGAGUAUGUCGAGGCGGAGCGGAAGUUGCGCACGAGCGAGAAGAUGUGUCGCGAUUCUCUCGAGGAGGAUGGUGCGAGCGAAGAGGACAUCAUCGAUGAGAUCACCAUCAUUAAGGUGCAAUUAGCGUACUGCUUGCAGAUGCAGGGCCGGGUAAAGGAAGCGUCAGCCCUGUAUGCGGACGCGCUGCGUCACAAGACGAAUGAUGCGGCCCUGACGGCGGUGGUCAGCAACAAUCUGGUCGUGAUAAAUCGCGAUCAGAAUGUGUUUGAUUCGAGGAAGAAGAUGAAGGUAGCUACGUCGGAACAAGCGGAACAGAAGCUAACCAGCCGGCAGCGGAAAACAAUUGCCUUCAACAACUGUUUGCUGGCAUACUUUGCCAGUCCGGCCGAGUGUGGUUUGCUGGCGAGCCGGCUGGCCAAUGCACAUCCCGACCUCGAGUUCCAAUCGCUGCUGGUACGCGUGAGUCAGCUCGCACGGGACAAAAAGUACCGGGAAGCGAUUGACCUGCUGGAAGGAUACGCGCAACGGAUGCCCAGUGGCAGCAGGACCGAGCUGCUGCAGGUAAGGUUUGCCAUCGUGCAGCUGCAGUUAGUUGGGGGCAACCGGAAGGCUGCAAUCGAGACGCUCGAAUCGCUCGGAGAGGCUCGGUACCAGCCGGGCGUUGUUUCGGCCCUGGUAACGUUACAUCUGGGGCUGGACAAUAAGCAGGCCGCCUCGGAGAUACUGAAGAGUGCGGUCGAUUGGUACAAGCGACAGAAGAGUGCCACGAUUAGCGAUGGCGAUCUGAGCGACAUGUGGCGUCAAGCGGCCAGCUUCCAUCUGCGGGGUGGUGAACCGGAAACGGCCGCCAAAAGUCUCGAGGAGCUGUUGCGCACACAUCCGAAUGAUAUGAAGCUGCUGGCACAGCUGGUCAUUGCGUACGCACAGUUUGAUCCGAAGCGGGCACAACAGGCCAGCAAACGGCUGCCGGCACUCGAAACAUUGACCACCGUGUCGGAGAUCGAUGCACUCGAGGCAACGAACUGGAUGAUGAUUGCGAAGGCAGUCCGUCGUAAGCAAAAUUUGCCGGGUGGUGGACGUACUACGGGAGAGCAAUCGCCCGGUGCCGGUACACCCUCCGCAGAACAGCAGGCUCGCAAGCAAAAGCGCAAGAAGCGUAAGGGCAAGCUGCCGAAGAACUACAUUAUCGGCGUGCUGCCCGACCCGGAACGUUGGCUGCCACGGUACGAACGUACCGGGUACCGGAAGAAGCGCGAUCGCCGCGUAAAGGAGGUGAUCAAGGGCAGCCAGGGAACCGCCUCCGGACAGGCCGACCAGUUCGAUAUGAGCAAGGCGUACAACCAGACGAAAAACUCACCAGCAACUCCGGGCACUGGUGGUACCACGCAGCUCGAACAGAAUGCUGCGGCAGCUGCCGCAACUCGCCAGCUGCCUCGUAAGAGUCAGCACAAGAAGAAAAAGGGCAAACAUUAG